AUGUCGCAACAAGAAGAAGAAGAAGCCAUCAGGCUGGCAAAUGCUGCCGUAUAUCCAAUGGUCCGGAAAUCAGCUAUCGAGCUGAACAUCAUGGACAUCAUCUUCGCCUCCAGCGACGGCGCAUUUUCAUCUCCGUCUAUAUUAUAUGUUAAAUCCACUGUCCCGCCUUGUAUUAAUUUCGAUUUGUCUCAUGUUAAAGCUGAUGCCCCUUCAUAUCCAGGUGUAGUGUAUGUGGGAGGAGAUAUGUUUCUGAGUGUUCCGAAAGGAGGGGAUGCGAUUUCUAUGAAGUUAAUUAGCUCCACCAUUUCUGUGCAGUGGAUACUACAUGACUGGAGUGAUGAACACUGCUUGAAAAUUCUGAAGAAUUGUUGGGAAGCUCUUCCAAACUCUGGCAAAGUAAUCAUUGUGGAAUUUAUUCUUCUUGAGACUCCUGAUAAUAGUCUUUAUUCAAAAUACCUGCGAUCUAGGUCUCAUUAUGUUGGCUGCUCUCGUAGGAGGAAAAGGGAGGACGCUGAAGGAGUUUGA